AAAAAUCAAAAUAUUUAUAACAAUUGUAAUAAUUGACCGGUAGACUGCCCUCCUCCUACUGAUCUGAUAUCAAGUUGCUUGGAAAAUGUUGUGUUAUAUUCCUACAGUUUCUUCCUUCUUCCUCCUUAUCCUCUCACUCAGCAGCAGUGUCAGUACAAGCUUCAAACCAUCAGAUAAACCAAUACUGAUCAUCCCUGGUAUUAUGGGUAGUCAGUUGUGGGCACGUCUCAAUCGUACAUCAGUGAAUCAUCCUCAAUGUUCAAAGACUUCAGAUUGGUACAAUAUUUGGCUGAGUCUUGAACAGCUAGUCUAUCCUGUUGAGGAAUGUGCUUCUGACAAUAUGAUGUUACAGUUCAACCCAAAUACCAGCCAGUUCUCUCCUGUUGAUGGUGUUAAUAUCACUGCCCCUCAGUUUGGUAACACCUCCACUAUUGAGUUCCUUGACCCUGACCUCCAUUCUCUUGAGCCAGCUGCUACCUUCUAUGCCAUGGUACAAUACUUUGUUGAUAACUAUGGGUACACUAGAGGAGGGACUCUGAGGGGAGCUCCCUAUGACUGGAGAUAUGCAGCUGUUGGUUUGGAGUCCAAUGGUUAUUAUGCUAAGUUGAAGGAUCUAAUAGAAGAGAUGUACACUUUAUACAAUAACCCAGUGACAAUAAUAGUCCACAGUAUGGGGGGACCUGUCUCACUGUACUUCCUCACACAAGUGGUGACUCAAGACUGGAAAGAUACUUACAUUAAACAAUACAUUACACUUUCUGCUGUUUGGGCUGGAUCUGUUAAAAGCAACCAAGCCAUUAUCUCGGGUGAUAAUGAAGGAAUAAUUCUUGAUCGACCUAUUUGGGGACGAGCGAGUCAGAGAACAUUCCAGACUACAUUGUGGCUCCUCCCUCCAGCUGGAGACGUAUGGGGACCUAAUAAUACAAUAGUGUAUGCCCCCACUGGAGAAUAUAGUGCGUAUGAUUAUGAGAAACUGAUGGCUGAUGUUGGUUAUACUAAUGGGCCUGCUAUGUAUCGGCUAAUUAAAGACAAAACUUCAGAGUUUCCUGCCCCAAACGUCACCACAUACUGCUUCUAUGGACUGGGUAAAGAGACCCCCUAUAAGCUCCACUAUGAUCCUGAUAACUUCCCUAAUUCACCUCCCAAAGUAACCACUAUUGAUGGAGAUGGUACAGUCCCUAAUAUCAGCCUCACUGUCUGUGGCAGGUGGAGCAAGCAGCAGGUCCAUCCCGUUACCCUCCGAUCCUUCAGUCCAGUGGAGCAUGUUCACAUGGUCAAGAAUAAAGAUGUGAUCGAUGCAGUUUCCAAAAUCAUAAUUGCUGAUGACUAAUUUAUCAUUAUCAUUGUUAUUUUUAAUUUUAGUUUGUAAUGGCAACCUACAGUUAGGAAGAUUGAAGUUUCAAUUAAA